UCUCACGGACAUCAUCUCACCUAGUCACCUCCGUGACGGGCAUGUUCCCAUCACCUCCCUCACCGUCAGCCCUCCACUCUCCACCCAUCGCAUUCUCCCAUCACCUCCCCAUCUACAACAAUGGCGGCCGGCGGGGGGAAUCUCGGCAGCUGUCUCAGCCAUGGACCACUGGCACCCUCCCAGCGCCGGCUCCCAACUUCCUAGACCCAGUCGCCCAGCGCCCCGAGCAACGCGACCCUCGCCGGAGUCGCCGUGCCUGACACCAUGGCGUUGACUGGUGAGGUAGUCUGAAACCCUAAAAUUAUCAUCGCUAUAUUUUGAAUCUGCUACUUGCUUCUCCUGCGGUCUCUGCUUGUGUUGAAUUGCCUGAAUGGUUGGCAAGGACAGUCCCACAAAAAAAAGGGCAGGGACAGUGGAUACUAAAUUAGUACUGUAUCGAGGUUCAAUCUCCACGCUUGUUUCUGUAGAGUAAGAAUGGCGAUUGACUAUUGUUUGGGUGCAGAGAAUGAGACAUUGGCUGAAAUUGGUGAGUCCAAACUACCACCGGACAAAAAGAAAAGUACAGUAUUACUCGUAGAUCUGCAUACUUAGUUUCAUCUGAACUUCAGCUAGCCUGUGUGAGGUGGUGAAAUUAAUGAAUCAAUUUUUAUCCAUGAGCUGCAUGUAGACAGUGGUGAUGAUAUUUCGUUUGGGCACCAAUGUACACAUACAUAGACAAUAGCGUUUUAAAGCAUCCCCUCUCGGAUCCAGUGUUUUGCUUGAAGCAGGAACUUGGCUUCAGAAAAAAUCCGUCAAAACAAAAAAAAAAAAACUUGGCUUCACAAAAAGAAAAGAAAAUGAGACAGGGGUUAAGUCCGUUGUUGGUGGGAUAAAUAUCGCUUUGACCACAUGGGAGCUUGCACAAUUCCCCAACUGCACGUCCCCAUCUUUAGCUGAGAGCCUGAGACCGGCUUGUGUAGAGUCUGGAAUAAAUCUCCUGGUACUGAAGAAAAUAUACUAGUACAUUAAUACGAGAAAGCGAUGCACCAGUAUGCUCUACAAAAUGUACCAGAGAACCACGAGAAAUUGUUUGUUAGUGGCUACUGUUCUUAGUCUCCCCACUUGGAUUCUUGAGAUACAGUCUUUAUAAAUAACGUUGUGUUUGCUGUGGCCCAUUGUUUCUUUCCAAAGACCAAUGGAGACGAAAUUUCUUCACUCGUCUCUUCUGCCAUUGCUCCUCCUCCUCCUCUCAUGCUUCUUUCAUACAUCCUUUGUUCAUUCCAUGGGAUCAAGUACCCAUGGCUCCAGGUGCCCCGGUUCCAACAUCUCCAUCCCCUAUCCUUUCGGUGUUCCUGGCCAAAUCCCCUCCCCAGCCCAAGGGUUCCAGAUCACAUGUGGUUCAUUAGGUCCGAUGCUGCCCAUCGGCAACAACGUGUUCACUAUUCUCAACAUCUCGUUGCUGGAUGGUUCUGUGAGCAUCAUGGCUAGUGCCGCUUCUCGUUCUCCGCGGUGCGGAGGGAACUAUGCUAGCUUUAGCCUUGACAGGACCAACUUCACAUUCUCUGAUACAAGAAACAAGUUUACAGCCGUGGGCUGUAAUAUGGUGGCCAUGCUGCUGAAUGGUAGUAGCAGUUACAGCGGUGGCUGCGCUUCUUUUUGCUCUACAAAUAAUAGCAUCGUCAAUGGUGCUUGCUCUGGUGUGGCUUGCUGCCAAGCACCGGUGCCCAAAGGGUUAAAGGAGCUGUCCUUAGAAUUCACGAGCAUACCUACUAGGCUCAACAAGGGCAACAGUACUUCAGCAUGUGCCGAGGCGUUCAUCGUGGAGCAGAACUCCUAUGUUUUCUCUACCGCUAACCUGAAUAUCUCAAGUAACAGCUCGCAAUACCGGCCUGUUGUUCUCGAGUGGUCCAUAGAUGGUGGAAGCUGUGAGGAGGCAGCAAAACACUCUGCAUCAUAUGCCUGCAAGGAGAAUUCUUACUGCUAUAACUCUUCCAACGGAAUUGGAUAUCGCUGCAAUUGUACCAAGGGAUUUCAGGGGAACCCUUACCUGCAAGCGCCGGGUGGAUGCCAAGAUAUCGAUGAGUGCAUCGGAAGGCCAUGCACACAUAGUUGCAUCAACAUGGAGGGAGGUUUCAACUGUACUUGCCCAUCAGGGAUGAGUGGUGACGGCCUUAAGAAUGGAAGUGGCUGCAAUGGAAUUGGCACUCUGCAGAUUUCAAUAGUUGCGGGACUAGCUCUGCUACUUCUUCUCCUUAUUCUCGGCUUCUGGACCCACUGGCUUGUUAAGAAGAGAAAGGUUGCAAAGAAAAGACAGAGAUAUUUUAUGCAGAAUGGUGGCAUUUUGUUGAAGCAGCAGAUGCUUUCUCGGAGGGCACCUCUGCGGAUAUUUACCUCAGGUGAGCUUGACAAAGCAACCAACAAAUUCAGUGAUAACAAUAUUGUUGGUAGAGGUGGGUUCGGAACAGUCUACAAAGGUAUACUGUCAGAUCAAAUGGUUGUAGCAGUCAAGAGGUCGCAGCGAGUUGAUCAGAGCCAGGUGGAACAAUUCGUGAAUGAGCUGGUCAUUCUUUCACAAGUGACCCACAAGAAUGUGGUUCAGCUACUAGGCUGCUGUCUUGAGGCAGAGGUUCCUUUAUUGGUUUAUGAAUUUAUCACCAACGGGGCCCUUUUUCAUCAUCUUCACAAUACAUCGGUCCCAAUGUCAUGGGAGGAUCGCCUAAGGAUUGCAGUUGAAACUGCAUCAGCACUUGCAUACUUGCACUUAGCUGCAAAGACGCCAAUCAUUCACAGAGAUGUCAAGUCAUCAAACAUACUUCUUGACGGGAGCUUCACCGCAAAGGUCUCUGAUUUUGGUGCCUCAAGGCCAAUUCCCCAGAAUCAGACCCAUGUGACGACCUUAGUGCAGGGAACACUAGGGUACAUGGACCCUGAGUACUUCCAGACAAGCCAGCUGACUGAGAAAAGUGACGUGUACAGCUUUGGUGUGGUGCUUAUCGAGCUAUUGACAAGGCAGAAACCAAUAUAUGAUGGCCAGAUGGACGAGGUGAAAAGCCUAGCAAUGUAUUUUAGCACGUUGUUCCACGAGAAUCGGUUGCUGGAAAUUGUAGAUUCUCAAGUGGCUGAGGAAGCUGGAAUGAGACAUGUUAAAACUGUCGCGCAGUUGGCUUUAAGAUGCUUAAGGUUGAAAGGUGAAGAGAGGCCAAGGAUGAUAGAGGUUGCAGUUGAACUUGAAGCGCUGAGAAGGCUGAUGAAACAGCACUAUGUCCUGAAGGGUGAAGAAGAGCCUGUGCUUUGGGAGUCGAGGUGCCACAGGGAGAUGAAUUUAUGCGCGCAAUCGAGUUUUAUCCAUGAUGGCACUGUCAAGGAUGAAAGCAUGGAGAUCAUUCUACUUCCAUCUGGUGAUCUGUCUUGUUAGGUCCUCCAUACUAAUGAUCGGGUCCCCUUUGUAUGUAGAUGGCAUGCAAUCAGGUAGAAAGAAACCCAGAGUGGGGUUAUAUUAGUGAGGCUGUCCACGUUUCAUUCAUCCUAUUUGUUCGAGCCAUUCGUACGUGAAGAAACUUUAUUGACUCGGCUCAAGUUCCCACUUGUAGUGUACCAAAUCUUCGUAUGUUAAUCAGAAUAUCCAUUUCGUCUUUGCGUUC